GUUGCCAGAUGGCUACACGUAAUUUGAGAGCACAAAAAAUAAAUUGCAAAUUUUAAUAAAACAAGCUGAUCUCCAACAUGAAACAUUUAAGCAAACAUUCCAGUAGAAAUAACUUCAAGUGGCUGGAAAUUGUAGUGGACCAGGAGCCAGGUGAAGAAGGACCAAGUCAGCUUGAUCGACAUCAGUGGUCUGCAAUGUUCCGGGAAAUAAACACUUUCCAACACUUAAACUCUUUGUUUCGGCCACCCACCACCCACACCAGACUAUCCAAUCUGAUAAAGAACGGGUAAGGAGCCAUUAAGAUGGUGGACAUAAAUUUGGAGGUACACCUGAUAGAGCCGACGGCCACUCGCUCCACUGAGGAGCAACGGCAGAGGGAUGCCUACCUGGAGGCAGUGCGCAUUCUGCUGGUGCUGCUGGAAAACGUCCUUUCGCAGCCGAAGAACGCCAAGUUCCGCACAAUACGUCUGGAUAACAAGACGAUCAAGGAGAAGUUGCUUAGCCUGCCCGGAUGUGAGAGGCUGUUGGAUGCCAUCGGCUUCGUCCGUGCUCCCGGCUCUAACGCAUUUACUUUGCCCAGUGAGGCGUCCCUGCAGCAGGUUCAAAGGUACCGGGACGCACUAAGCGAGCGGCGGUCCGCCUGGGUCAGUGGGGCCGUGCCCAAAAGUUUGCCCCAACAAGCCGCCACCAGCAACACGCCCUCGCCGUUGUUCAUCAAACCCUCUGUGGAAUAUCGACAACGGAUCGCCUUUCCCCGAGUACUGCGCACCUCCAAUAACUUUCUGCAGUCGCUGGAGCUUUACUCGGAUGCCGUAAUGCAGUACGAGGACGAACUCCUGCUAGCUACUGGCCGCACUCUGAUCCCCAUUGACGAGCUGACCUCUAAGGCGAGCGAGAAGCUAAUGGAUGCGCAGGAGCGGAUCGCCUCUGGUGCGUGUCCGGAGAAAGAGCCCUGUAUUCGCGACCUCCUGCUCGUCGAGCUGGUAAACUGGUUUAAUACCGAGUUUUUCGAGUGGGUCAACAACAUUCCUUGCCGCGUGUGCGGCAGCGACGAGAGCAAGCUAAGGCGCACGGAGCGGGUGGGCGAUGUCCGGGUGGAGGUCACCGUGUGCUGCGGCCAGGAAAGCAAGUUCUACCGUUACAACGACAUCUCUCAGCUGUUGGUCUCUCGCAAGGGCCGCUGCGGAGAGUUUGCUAACUGUUUUACAUUUAUGUGUCGCUGCCUGGACUACGAUGCCCGCAUCGUGCACUCUCACUUCGACCACGUGUGGACCGAGGUGUAUUCGGAGGCCCAGAUGCGCUGGCUGCACGUGGAUCCCUCUGACAAUGUUGUGGACUCUCCGCUUAUGUACCAGCAUGGCUGGAAGCGCAAUAUUGAUUACAUACUGGCCUACUCGCGGGACGACAUUCAGGACGUGACUUGGCGUUACACAAACGACCACCAGAAGAUCCGACAUCUUCGCCGGCUGUGCGAUGAAAAAGAAUUGGUGAAGACGCUAGACGAGAUUCGCAUCAAGCGGCGCAGGAAUUGCACUCCCGAGCGGCAAAAGGUGCUUAGUCAGCGCAACCUGUACGAAAUUAUCGCAUUGACCUUGGAGCGCCCGCCGACUGAGAACGAACUGAAGGGCAGAAGUUCCGGAAGCCUUUCUUGGCGUCAGUCGCGCGGCGAGCACACUUUUACCAACAUUUUCGUCUUCACCCCGAUGGAAACUGAGCUUCACAAUCGGAAGCUAAAUGUCCGCUACAGCUGCGCCACAGACACCUACGAACGCUACUCCCGUGUCGAGGGAAAUGUAACUGUUUUGGACACUUAUAAGACCUGGCAAAGGGCUCAAUUUUCCUCAAAGAACAUUCUUCGAAAAGUAGAGCGCGAUUGGAAAAUGGCAUACUUGGCUCGGCUAGAGGACACCGCAUGCGGAGAAAUCGUUUGGAAGUUUGAUUUCAGCAAGGCCAACCUAAAGGUCAAGUCCUAUAAGUUGGUCUUCGAGACGAAAACGUUUGGCGAGGGCAAAGUUGAUGUUGCCGUUGAACCCAUUGAUGGAACGGCUUCUAUUGAGAACUCUAGUGGAUUCCAGAUCGUAGCCAAGCUUAGCGGUGGCAAGGGCGACGUGGCGUGGCAGCACACUCAGCUUUUCCGUCAGGGUUUGAAUUCCCGAGACUACCCGUUCGAUUUGCAGGUGGAGCUGCACUGAGUGCGCUGAAGUAGUGACGAGUAAUAAUUCCUAAAUCGAAGUGUAUUUCUUAAAAAACCUGUACGACUACCCAAGUGGUUAAAGCUAUAUAUAUUGUACAAUAAUAAUACAUAAUUUAUAUUAUAAAUGUAUACAAUUGUGGUACCUAGUACUAUUAAAGUCAAAGAGCAUUGCUCCAGUAAAA